CCAUUCAGCAUUCUCACAGUCGUUCAGCCGUUCACAUUCUCCGUCGUUUAACGCUGCUGCUGUCGCCGUCCGCCGCUGGUCGUAGUCUCUAGUAUUCUUUUCCUCUUUUAUCUCUCUCUUUUAUAUUCCUCAACUUGAUUUUCCUUUCUAUAAACCCUCAAUCCUUUCCAUACCCAGUUCUUUGUUUUGGGAUUAUAGGGUUUUUUUUUUUUUUUUUUUUUUUUUUUAUUUUUAGAUAUCAUUUGUUCAGCCCCUUUUAGAUCUUAUCCUCAUUAUUGUAUUUCAUAUGGGUUUCCUGUUUGUUCUUGUUGGUUUUGAUUUGUAAAUACGUGUUGGGUUCCUCUUCUUUUGUUGAUUUGGAUGCGUGUGGGUUUUUUGUUCGGGUGGUUUUUCUUGGCUGGGUUUGGGUUUAAUUCACAGUGACUUUUCUCAAAAGAAGAAAAAAGUGUUUAUAAAGUUAUUUUUCAAAAGCAGAGUGAUUUUAAGGGUGCCACAACGUGGGGAAGACGUAAACGGAAAUACUUGGUUCUGAAACGAAGAUUUCUUUCUUACGAGGUAUCAAUUUAACGAGAAUCUCCUUCUUAAUCAGGCUGAAAGAGAUGGUGUUGUCAGAGGAAGAGAUCACCAAAUUAUUUAGAGUCCGAAAAACUGUGUUGCAGAUGUUGAAAGAUAGAGGCUACUUUGUUGGAGACUCUGAGCUUGCUAUGUCAAGAGAACAAUUUAAGUAUAAGUUUGGUGAGAGCAUGAAAAGAGAAGAUCUUGUUAUCAAUAAAUCCAAGAGAAAUAAUAGCUCUGAGCAGAUAUAUAUUUUCUUUCCUGAAGAGCCAAAGGUUGGUAUUAAGACGGUGCAAACUUAUGUCAAUCGUAUGAAAUCAGAGAAUGUCUCUAGAGCAUUAUUGGUUGUCCAACAGAAUUUGACCCCCUUUGCUCGUACUAAGGUUGGCGAAAUAUCUUCUCAAUUCCAUUUGGAGGUUUUCCAGGAAGCAGAAUUGAUGGUCAACAUUAAAGAUCACGUUCUCAUUCCCGAGCACCAGUUGCUGACAAAUGAAGAGAAGAAGACGUUGUUGGAGAGGUAUACGGUGAAAGAAACACAACUACCUCGCAUACAAGUUACCGAUCCAAUUGCUAGAUAUUAUGGGAUGAAGCGUGGACAAGUAGUGAAAAUCAUUCGACCAAGUGAAACUGCAGGAAGAUAUGUGACUUAUAGAUAUGUUGUUUGAGAUCAAUCUGAUACGAGCGACUGAAGUCAUGGUACCUGCCUACUUGGAAGUGUGGAAGUGGUUCGAGUUCUAGGCAAUUCUCCUAUACGAGCUCAAACUAGAAAAUUCUUUUAUUUAGAAUUUAGAUAGAAAAUUCAUCGAUUGUUUCUCUCUAUUCUUUCAUUUACUCACAAGCAUGUAUUUUUUUAAAAACAAGAAAGGGAAACAAAAACUUACUGGUCCCAUAUAUUGAGGUUUUUGGUGACAAAGAAAGUCGAUGAACUACCUAGUUUAUCCACUGAA